UCAGCUGUAUCCAAUCACAGCUGAUCACAUGUAAAUAGGGAAAUGCCGGUUAUCAGCAUUUCUCUCCUCACGAGCUGUCACGCCGGGCACUGAUGAUCAGUGUGCCCUGAUGAUCUGUGUAGCCCCAGCAGCGCCACCUGUCUGUGUCCAUCAGUGCCAGCUGUCAGUGCUCAUCCAUGCCACCUGCCAGUGCCCAUCAGUGCCACAUCAAUGCCACAUUUCAGUGCCUACCAGUGCACAUCAAUGCCACAUAUCAGUGCCCAUUUGAGCUGCCUUUCAGUG